CCGUCAGUUUCGUGCGGACAUCCAACGCCGGACCAUAGUCGCCGCCGUCAUCGUCGUUCCAAUUUCCCAUCGGUCUCCGCCGACGUGUGUUCAAUUAAAAGUAUAUGUUUUCCACCUCGUAAUUCAUAUUAAUUUUUUCGCAACCGUCUCGUCCGCGCGGGUUAUCGUCGGCACCGCCAUCGUACGCACUCGGCCGACCGUGUGGGCAUUUCAUUUAUAUACAAUUACAUACACAUCUUAGUCCGGAGGCUGCAUCGGUGCCGUCAAGCUGUCGUCCUACAGGAGCGACUCGUCGGUUGCCGGCGGCAGCACCACCGGCAGCUACGGCUAUCAGCAGCCCAACCAUCAGAACCACCAGCACCGCCACAACCAACAGGGUUCGACCGGCUACAACAGUGGCGGCAAAACAUAUCGGCACAAGGGCCGGUCGAAAUCGGCCACCAAGUUCGUGGACGACAAACCGAAAAAGAAGAAGAAGUCGUCCACCAACAGCGUGUCCCUGGUGUCCAUACCCAAUACCAUCAAGCUGUCCAUGCUCAACAGCGGUCUGCUGCCGUUGUAUUCCUUAGCACGAUACGCAGUGGGGCCUAAUGGAGUGAUAUCCGGAGACAAGAAAAUUCAAAAAGAAUGUUUCGUCAAACACUGCGACCAACGGCGGAAAUAUCCCGUGCUAUACAAACUCGAGUUUCAGGCAGCAGUCAAAGUGGAAACACAUUCUUGUCGUCACGCUACAAAACCAAAUAACAAAGAAAAAAAUCAAAACCAAAAGUGUAUUGCUUACGACUACAACAGAGUUGUUUUAAACCAAUUACCCGACGUGCCCGACUCGGAUUAUAUCAACGCGUCAUACGUAGACAGUCUGCUGAAACCUAACGCGUACAUAGUGACCCAGGGGCCGACCGAGAACACGGUCAAUGACUUUUGGCGAAUGAUAUGGCAGGAAAACGCUUGCUGCAUAGUCAUGUUGACGAAAACGUUCGAUUUUAUUAAGGUGAUGUGUAUACAGUAUUGGCCGUCAGCCAAGGUAAAAAGCGAGAACUAUGGCGAUCUCAACAUAUCCGUGUUGCACGAAGAAGAAUUAGCUAAUUUCCACAUAAGGACCAUUCAAGUGGUGAAAAAACAAGGAACCAACGAAGAGAAGACACGGACUCUGUUGCAGUUCCAUUACACCGAAUGGCCUUGUCACACUUGCCCUUUUUCUAACGCCAUACUCGAGUUCAGGCGAAGAAUGAGGGCCGUGGUCGGCACCAGGCUGCAGCACGACAGUCCCAUAGUGGUGCAUUGCAAUGACGGAGGUGGUCGUUCGGGUGUGUAUUUGUCGAUCGACGCCAAUCUAGAACUCGCCGAGGAGGAAGACUGCUACGAUGUAUUCGGCUACUUGAAAACUCUAAGACAAUCGAGGAAGGGAAUGGUCGAAACUUUGAAUCAAUACAAGUUCAUAUACGACACUGUGGAAGAGUUUGUGCUGUGCGGGUUCUCGUGGUUUCCCGUCAAGGAACUAUCGCAGAAGCUAAAACAAAAAUCCAUGAAGGAUCCCGAGACCAAACUCAACGAGUACCAGAGGGAAUACCAGCAAAUCUGCAAAAUGACUCCCAGAUUUACCAUAGGCGAUUGUGCCGGCGGGCAUCGUGGAGACAACCGAGAGAAAAACCGAGACGUCCUGAUCGUCCCUCCCGAUAAUUUUCGACCAUACUUGACUUCGUUCCAAGGCAACACGUUUACCGAUUACAUUAACGCGGUUUUCGUCGACGGUUAUACCAAGCCGAGAGAGUACAUAGUCACGGAAUGGCCGAUCAAACACACGCCUGGCGAUUUCUGGUCGCUCGUCUACGACUACGAGUGCUCCGCCGUUGUGGUUCUCUGCCUUCCUCCCAGAGACUCUCAACAAUACCCUCCGUUUUGGCCAGAGGGCAGACAUUCCAAGAAAUACGGACCGGUGUUCACCAUCGACCACAUAUCUCACAAUCACUACGCCAACAUAAAAACUUGGUUGUUCCGAAUCAAUAAGAAGAUCGUAUCGCUCACUGAAUUGAUGGCAGGCGUCAAAGCUCCACCGAGGACCGUCCAACUGUUUCAGCUCACUUGUUGGCCGAUGGGCCACAGGGUUCCGACAUCCACCAAUUCCCUUGUCGAGCUCAUGAACAUGGUGGAAAGGUGGAGACAGCGGAUCGAUUACGGGCCCGUCGUCGUAGUGUCUCAUGACGGUAGGGGCAGAUGCGGUGUGUACUGUUCAGCCAACGCUUGCAUCGAGCAAGUCAUCCAGCACGGCGAAGUGGACGUUUUCCAAGCGGUAAAGACAGUCAGACGACAUCGGCCACAGCUCAUAGAGAACAUGACCGAGUACAAGUAUUGUUACGACUUGGUGUUGCAUUACGUGUUGCACUAUCUGAACAAAGACCAAAAGGAAAAGAAAUGAGAUUACGAGGUAGAAGCUCAGUGGUACUGUCAAUUCGGUAGAGGUGCAGCCCAACCACUGACUCCCGACCAGCCCACGGUGGGCGGCGUCACGGCGUCCGGUUACAGCGGCCACGCGGACCGCACGCAGAACGCCACCGCGCCCAUCGCUUACCCGGGCCGGUACGUGGUCGUCAAGCAAUUCACCGUCGACCGGACGCCCGAAGACGCUCCGCCGGCGUCGCUCGACCCGGACGCGCCCGCCCCGGUGCACCGAUUGUACAACCCGUUCUACCUGCGGCUCGACCUCAAGACGCACAGCACGCGACUGCUGCACCAAUCCAUACAACAGACCAGCGUGGACGCCACUCCCGAACGGCAGCGGCCGCUCACGGUAACCGUGCGCAACGAGAAGGUGACCGUCACGCCCGUGCCCACUCCGGUCAUCAAGAAGCGGUCGGUGGCGUUCUCUGACAUAGUGGACGUGUUGUGCCCGCCGGCCGGUCCUGAAGCGAGCCCGAGCCGUGUCGACGGACGCAACGUGCUCGAGAUCCAGUCGCAGACCGGCGAGGUGGUCGGCGAACUGCACAUUGAGCGUCCGCCCAACCCGACCGUCUUGAGCAACCGCGAGAAACGACACGAGAUGUUUUGCCGCAGACGCCAGACGCCCGUCUACGACGACGACGUCAUCAUAGACUUGUCGGGCGGACGGGCCAGCGACCCAGAGUGGUGGUCGUCGUCGUCGUCGUCCGAUUACCAGAGUUGCGAAGACUUACCCACCGUCAUCCUGGGUAGUGAGUUCCACCGGUCUGACCCCGCCACAUCAGCCGCCCCCAACUGUUGUCCGUUAUGAUAUUAUCCAAAUCACACGCGCGCCCGGUGCUUUAGGCAAUCGGUCAAAGGCAGGACGGUACAACAAAGUAUCAUACUAGUUUUGCGUGUCCAAACUUACAAUAGUUUAGAUCAAUACCAGAAUUGGGCAAUUUUUAUUCGAAUAGUUUUCAAACCAUAUUAGUUGAAUAAAUAAUUAUUUUUUAUUCGAGUGAGUUAUAAAAUAAAAAUAUUUAAAUGGAAAAAGGUCUUCUAAAAAUUUGUUAUUGGAAAAUUGUCACUUGUACCCUUUUGGAUCUCAUCACGUCACUUGAAUAAUUUUUAAAAUAAAUAAAUAAUUGUUCAACUAAUAUUUAAAGUAAUGAGAACCUAAUAUUAAAUUAAAAAAACAGAAAGAUAUGCUACGAUACUAAUAAAAACAUGUUUUACUAAACAAAUCUAGAAAUUUUAGAAAAUGUCUUAAGAAGGUAUAUUUAUUAUUAUUUUGUAUUAAUACUACUUAUAAGUUAUACCAUUUAGUAAAUCUUGGUAUUCUUUAAAACAACUGUUAUUUGUUUUUUAUAUUCGUUCAAAUACACAUUUAUUCGAAAUUAUUAUUUAGAAAUUAGUACAAAAAAAAAAUUGUAAUUAAUUUCUAAGUACAAUUUGUAUUUAUAAUAAUUAUUUUAAUUUUAAUAUAAUUGAACAUUUGUUAAAUAAUGUACAGAUUGAAAAAAGUGUGUAGGUAGUUUACAGUUACACAAUUUUACAAGAGAAAAAGUGAAAUUUAUGUUUUAAAUUUAUCUUAUGCCUGUUGUCUAUGUCUAAAGCAUCGGGCGUAGAUACGAUUUGUAAAAUGUCUUCGGGUCAUAAUCAAUAGAUUAUAUUAUUAUAUUAUCUUGUUAACGUGAACGCCUUUGUUAUAAAAAUAUACGAUUGUCGAUUAAAAAAUUAAAUAAUAUAAUAUUGUCUCAGAAAUCCUAAAACAGGGUACCAAAAGCAAGGUAAAAAAACAAAAACAAACGAUCAAAAAUAUCUAUGCCAAAAUAGGAAAACAAUAAAAUUCUCCUUAACCUCCCCCCCCCCACAUCACGACCACUACCAAUGCCACUGACUUUAAUGGAAAAACCAUGUAUGGAAAAUCGGUUUUUUUGUAAAUAAUAUUUAUUUAUUUGUUUCAUAAAUAUUUACUUUAUACGUUUUGAUCGAUUUGAAAACAAAAUAAUAUUAUAUUGUUAUCACGGUGUUCAAUUAAAAUAUUUGAUCGGGGUAAUUAAAAAAAAAAAAUAAUAAUAAUAAUAUUUAAUGUUAAAUUUUGAAAAUACAGGGUACGGCGCGGUGUAAGAGUACCAUUUUGGAAAAACUCAAUUUUAGAAGGUUUUGUGUAAGACAAAAAAAACCAAAAUGUAUUUUUUUUUAUCGUUUAUGUAAAUAAAAUCGAGUAAAGGUUUUACUAAAUCUUUCUCGACGAUAGUAAUUUCGUUGUAGUAUUUUCCGUCCGACAUUAACAAUAUCCGUCUUUUUAAAAAAUAAAAUAAAAAUCACCUAAGCACCUAAACAAGGUAAACAUCUACUGUGGACGGAAUACACUUGCAUCGUUUGAGUACACGAUUUUGGUUCCUGUUUAAUCGUAUUAGUUGUAAAAUAUUGUAUUCGAUUUUUAUACAAAUGUUAUUUAUAUAUAAUUAUU